GAUAAAGAUUUGUAGCUCAGGGGAAUGAUUUUGGUGAAGCUUCGUGUUCUGAUCUGAGUGGUUUAAUCAUGAUUUCAUUGUUCUUCUGGACAACAUCAGCGCAAUCUUUAGAUAGAAUUUUUUCUUUUGACCUUCAUCCGGGUUGGUCGUUAGCGACCCUUGUUUGUACUGGUGAUAUUUUCUUGACGGAUUAUGGAGAGUUAAAAAAAAUUUCAUUUAUACAUGUUUACUAUAAAUGUUUAUCUCAUCUACCGAGACAUAAAUAAUAGGCCAGGUUCAAAUCUACAUUUCAUUUUAUCUAUACAUUUAAAUUUCCUGCACUCACAAUAACUUGCAAUCCUUAAACCAAACAAUAGAAAAAUACAAACUCAUACAAAUAAAAUGCAUACCUUUGACGAAAUGUAGCGGCUGUCUGGACUCAGUGGAAAACAGUACUAUUUUAUUUGAAAACUGUUCAUCUUAAUGGAUUCAUCAUCAUCUAAAACACAAGAAAUACAAGAGACUUUAAAAAUUCUUAAAAAGAAUAUCAAUUCUAUCACAAAACAGAUUGAUGAAUUAAAUCAUCAACGUGAAAACUUACAAGUGCAAUAUGAUCAAUUAAGAUCUCAAUUAACUACAGCCCGUGUCCAAGAAAUUUCAAGUUCUUUAGGUACAUCAUCUGAAUACAAUUCAGAAUCCUUAUUCCCAUGGACUUCAGAAGUGAAUCGAGUGAGAAAAGAAAUUUUCCGAAUUUCAGAAUUUCGUCCUUUACAAAUAACAGCAAUUAACGCAGUUUUAGAUGGUCGUGAUGUAAUCCUAGUUAUGCCUACAGGCGCAGGCAAAAGCUUGGUAUAUCAAUUACCUGCAUUACUUAAUGUUAAUGCUUUCAAAGUGAAUGGACGAUAUCGUGGUUCAUUAACGUUAGUUAUAAGUCCAUUGGUUUCUUUAAUGGUUGAUCAGUCGAUUAACUUGACCAGAUACAGUCUCGAACCAGAUACAAUAGCAGUUUUAGAUGCGAAUACACCAUUACAAGAACAACGUCGAAUUCUCUCAUUACUUGCAGAAAAAUCUAACAAAACAAAUAUUUCAUCAAAAUCUAAUUUACGCUUAUUGUAUGUAACUCCAGAGAAAUUGGCUAAAAGUAAAUUAUUAUUAAAUCGUCUAGAGAUUGCUUAUUCAACAAAUCGAUUAGCUUGUAUUGCUAUUGAUGAAGUACAUUGUGCUAGUCAAUGGGGUCAUGAUUUCAGACCGGAUUAUAAAUUUCUACAUGUAUUAAAACGUCAAUUUUCUAAUGUACCGAUUAUUGGUUUAACUGCAACUGCAACCACUGAAAUCAUUGUAGAUAUCGAAAAUAUGUUAGGUCUUAAUGUCGACAAAUGUUUAGUAUUAAGAACUAGUUAUAAUCGAGAAAAUUUAAAUUAUUAUGUUAAACAAGUCAGUGGAUCUAUCAAAGCAUCUGUUGGAUAUUUAUAUGAACUAAUUAACAAAAAUUAUACUAAUCAAUCAGGCAUUGUGUAUUGUUUUUCUCAAAAAGAUACUGAAGAUGUUUCUUCAGAACUAAAGAAUUUUGGGUUAAAAGUAGCUCCAUAUCAUGCGAACUUAGAUUUUAAUUAUCGAUCUAGAGUUCAUUCCGAUUGGAGUCAAGGAAGAAUUCAAGUGAUUGUUGCCACUGUAGCUUUUGGUAUGGGUAUAGAUAAAGCUGAUGUUCGUUUUGUAAUACACUUUUCUUCAAGCAAAAGUCUAGAAAAUUAUUAUCAGGAAUCAGGUAGAGCAGGACGUGAUUCGAACUCCGCGGAUUGUAUAUUAAUGUGGCGUUUUUCAGAUCUAUUUCGUUUAGCCAGCAUGGUAUCAUCUGAACGAACAGGAAUUGCAAAACUUUAUGAAAUGGUUGGAUAUUGUAUUGAUCCGGAUAUGUGUAGACGUUUUUUAAUUUCGAAAAAUCUCGGUGAUGCUUCUUGGUCUACUGAUGACUGUAAAAAUGCGUGUGACAAUUGUCAACGUAAAAGCACAAAUAAGUCGGAUGUAUCCACGUUGAUUCAAAUAAAAACAGAUAAAUUACUGAAUGCGACAAAACAAUUAUUAUUUGAUCAAAGUUUAACAAAACAAGAAAGGAUAACUGGCCCUAAAUUGAUUGAUCUUAUGACUUGUAAUAAGCAGAUACAAUCUAUCAGUCAAAAAUUAUUGUAUAGAAAUCAAGAAAAACCUGAACGUCAAUUUUAUGAACAUUUCAUAUCUUGGUGUUUAAUUAAACAAUACUUAAAAUUAGAUUUUCAUUUUACACCAUAUUCAACUGUUUGUUAUGUUGUAAACAAUGACAAUUCGGUUGAUAAUGAACACAUUGAAUUAAUGCCUUAUUUAUUAUCAAUUAAGGAAGAAUUGGAUAAAGACAAAGUUACGGAAGAGCGUUCUCACGUAGAUGCUAAACGAAAAAGAAUACAUUCAACUGAAACGGUUGAUCUUACAUAAUUGAUUUCAAUUCGUUAGCGUAACGCUGUAUGCGUAAUUUACUUAUGUAUUAUAAAUAUAUUACCUGUGAUUUUAUGUUUGAAUAUAAACUGUUAACUCUAAUUGAAA